AUGAGCCAUCUCUCUCUCUCUCUCUCCCGCGGAGUCUCCGAGAUCACCACUUCUGCUAUGGCGUCUGCGAGUUUCGUUAAGCUAAACGCUCUCUCUUCUCCAUGGAUCGGCCAGCGAUCAUUUGCUCACCCCUCUGCCUCUUCUCCUCCUCGUGUCUCCUUCGCGAUCCGCGCCGGUGCUUACACCGACGAGCUUGUUAAAACCGCCGGCUUGUCUCCCCUUCCCGGCUCCAACGAGGAGUCUUGGUGCCAAGGCUUGGAUGGAUUGGCCUCACGCUCUGCUGAGUACUACAAGCAAGGCGCUCGUUUUGCCAAGAGGACAGUUGUGAGUAUUCCUUGUGGUCCUUCAGCACUAGCUGUGAAGGAAGCUGCGUGGGGUCUAGCUCGCUAUGCAGCCAUCUCUCAGGACAAAGGGCUUGUGCCUAUUGUGGAGCCAGAGAUCCUUCUGGACGGGGACCACCCGAUCGAGAGGACACUGGAGGUGGCUGAGAAAGUGUGGUCGGAGGUGUUCUUCUACUUGGCGCAAAACAACGUAAUGUUUGAAGGCAUAUUGUUGAAGCCUAGCAUGGUAACAGCAGGUGCUGAGCACAAGCAAAAGGCCUCUCCCGAGACCGUUGCAGAGUUCACGCUCAAAAUGCUCAAGAGGAGAGUUCCUCCUGCUGUUCCAGGGAUCAUGUUUCUUUCUGGAGGACAAUCGGAGGCGGAGGCCACACUGAACCUGAACGCCAUGAACCAAAGCCCGAACCCGUGGCAUGUGUCCUUCUCCUACGCACGUGCCCUGCAGAACUCCGUGCUGAGGACGUGGCAAGGGAAGCCCGACAAGAUCGAGGACUCGCAGAAGGCUCUCUUGGUUAGAGCAAAGGCUAACUCACUGGCUCAGCUCGGAAAAUACUCAGCUGAGGGAGAGAACGAGGAUGCUAAGAGAGGAAUGUUCGUCAAGGAUCUCGCAAGGCUUAAACGAGAUUACUUUUCUGUUUCUUCAACGACGAGGACUCUGCUUUUUCCGAUGAAGGAUCGUCUUCCUCCUUCCCUCUAUGUUCCGCCGCACCAGCGACUUCGCUCCAUCCCUCCCGAUUACGCCUUUCAUCCUCUUCCUCUCCCCCACUCGCAACCACAACAUGCAACACUCUUGCCCAUUCGCUAUGUCUCGGCCUACGAUGACCGCGUCUUCGAGGAAGAAGCUUCUCAUCGCGAGCCGGUCGCAAUUCAUUGUGACAACGUAGAUGAAUGGGAAAGAAACUUGUCUACGCUUUUGCGUGAUUCUGUAAAGCAAGAAAUCAUCUCCAGGGAGAAAAAAGAUCGAAGGGAUUUUGAUAAACUUGCGGCGCUCGCUACAAGGCUUGGAUUGUAUAGUCAUGCAUAUGCUAAGGUUGUUGUGUUCAGUAAGAUCCCACUCCCUAACUAUAGGUUUGAUCUAGAUGAUAAGAGACCACAGAGGGAGGUGAAUCUGCAUGCGGAUCUUCUUAAAAGAGUUGAAGCUUACCUCAAAGAGUACCUCAGUAAAAAGUCAAAGAGGAUGGAUAGAUUCCCUGCCAAAUCCUUUUCAAGAACUAGUAGCACAAACAGUAUCGCUACCGAUGAAGGGCUUCUUGAGCAACCAGAGCCCAUGGCUGCAAGCAAGACGGCUCUGGACAAGAUUCUUUGGCGAAGGAGUUUACAGCUGCGUGAACGACAAGAGUAUUGGGAGGAAUCGGUAGAAGGUCGAGGAAUGCUGGAAUCUCGCAGAAAUCUCCCUGCUUACAAGCAGAGGGAUUUGGUAUUGUCAGCGAUAUCACGGAAUCAGGUUAUUGUUAUCUCUGGAGAAACAGGUUGUGGCAAGACCACACAAGUUCCACAGUUUAUUUUAGAAUCUGAGGUUGAAGCAAACCGUGGAGCUUUUUGCAGUAUCAUAUGUACUCAACCAAGGAGGAUAUCUGCUAUGUCUGUAUCGGAGAGGGUUGCUUACGAGAGAGGAGAGCAGUUGGGUGAAUCCGUUGGAUACAAAGUUCGAUUGGAAGGUGUUAGAGGAAGAGAUACUCGCCUACUCUUUUGCACCACAGGCAUUUUGUUGAGAAGGUUGUUGGUAGAUAGAAACUUAAGAGGAGUUACUCAUGUAAUUGUGGACGAAAUCCAUGAGCGUGGAAUGGAUGAAGAUUUCUUGCUUAUCAUUCUUAAAGAUCUCCUACCUCGUCGCCCAGAGCUUAAGCUGAUUCUGAUGAGUGCGACUUUAGACGCUGAGCUCUUCUCGUCAUACUUUGGUGGGGCAGGUGUAAUCCACAUACCAGGCUUUACAUAUCCGGUUCGUAGUCAUUUCCUAGAGGAUAUUCUGGAGAUGUCCAGGUACAGUUUGACUCCAUACAAUCAAAUUGAUGAUUACGGUCAAGAAAGAUCGUGGAAGAUGAACAAACAGAUCCCAAGAAAAAGAAAGAGCCAAAUUGCGUCUGUCGUUGAGGAUGCACUGAGAGCGGCUGACUUCAAGGAGUUUAGCCCUGAGACUCGAGAGUCUUUGUCUUGUUGGAAUCCUGAUUGCAUUGGUUUUAAUCUCAUAGAGUUUCUCCUUUGCCAUAUAUGUGAGAAUGAAGGUCCUGGUGGUGUAUUAGUUUUUAUGACUGGAUGGGAUGAUAUCAGCUCUCUGAAAGAUAAACUCCAGAUUCACCCAUUCCUGGGCAAUCCAGACCGGUUUAUGUUGCUUGCUUGCCAUGGUUCUAUGGCAAGUUUUGAGCAGAGGUUAAUAUUUGAAGCGCCUGCAGGUGGAGUAAGAAAGAUAGUUCUGGCCACUAAUAUCGCAGAAACGAGCAUCACGAUCAAUGACGUUGCUUUUGUUAUUGACUGUGGAAAGGCGAAAGAGACCUCCUAUGAUGCAUUAAAUAAUACGCCCUGUUUGCUUCCUUCUUGGAUUUCCAAGGUUUCAGCUCAGCAGAGAAGAGGAAGAGCCGGUCGUGUUCAACCUGGACAGUGUUAUCAUCUUUACCCAAGGUGUGUAUAUGAGGCUUUUGCAGAAUAUCAAUUGCCUGAAAUUUUGAGGACGCCUUUACAGUCACUGUGUCUGCAAAUCAAGAGCUUAAAUCUCGGAAGUAUAUCUGAGUUCUUGUCAAGGGCGCUGCAGUCUCCUGAACUACUAGCGGUUCAAAAGGCGAUUGAAUAUCUGAAGAUAAUAGGGGCAUUGGAUGAGAAUGAAUACCUCACUACUCUAGGUCGUUAUUUGUCCAAGCUUCCCAUGGAGCCAAAGCUUGGAAAAAUGCUCAUACUAGGAGCUAUACUUGGAUGCCUUGAUCCUAUAUUGACUGUUGCGGCUGGCCUGAGUGUGAGAGAUCCUUUCUUGACACCUCUGGACAAGAAAGAUCUCGCAGAAGCCGCAAAGUCCCAGUUUUCACGUGAUCACAGUGAUCAUUUUGCACUUGUUCGGGCAUAUGAGGGGUGGAAAAGAGCUGAGGAAGAGUCUGCUGUAUAUGAUUACUGCUGGAGAAACUUUCUCUCAGUGCAGUCGAUGAGAGCUAUUGAUUCUCUCCGAAAAGAGUUCUUCUCAUUACUCAAGGAUACCGGACUAAUAGAUGGGAAUUCAGGAGGGGGCAAUGAUGAGAAUCUCACGCGAGCAGUUAUUUGCUAUGGAUUGUAUCCAGGAAUCUGCUCGAUUGUGCAUAAUGAGAGAUCAUUUUCGCUGAAGACAAUGGAGGAUGGCCAAAAUUCUGUAAAUGCUCGGGAUACAAAAAUACCAUAUCCGUGGUUGGUUUUCAACGAGAAGAUAAAAGUGAACUCUGUUUUCUUGAGGGAUUCAACAGCUGUCUCUGACUCUGCGCUUAUCCUCUUUGGCGGUACCAUUUCCAAAGGAAACUUUGAUGGCCACCUGAAAAUGUUGGGAGGAUACUUGGAGUUUUUCAUGAAGCCUGCUGUUGCAGAGAUGUACCAAACCUUGAAGAAAGAGCUUGACGAGCUGAUACAGAGCAAACUACUUAAUCCGAAAAUGGACAUGCAAGCACACCGUGAACUCUUAAUGGCUAUACGGUCAUUGGUCUCUGAGGAUGGAUGUGAUGGAAGAUUUGUGUUUAGUCGCCAAGUACUUCGGCCUUUAGAAACGUCGGCGGUGUCAACAAAACCGACAUUGGUUUCAAGGACCGAAAGUGGGCCAGGGGGUGACAAUUCCAAGAGUCAGCUUCAAACAAUGCUCACUAGGGCGGGUUACGCAGCACCCAUGUAUAAGACAAAGCAACUGAAGAACAAGUUCCAAGCAACAGUUGAGUUCAACGAGACGCAGAUCAUGGGACAGCCUUGCAGCAACAAGAAGAGCGCCGAGAAGGAUGCUGCAGCUGAAGCUAUACAAUGGCUGAUGGGUGGGGCUAAGGAAAGCCAUGAGCACCUGAAUCUUGUCUCAAAGCUGCUGAAGAAAAGCAAGAAGGAUCACCACUGA